AUGACUGCGAUUAUUGUUAGGGUUUAUCAGGUGAAGAAGAAGAAGAUAACAGAAAGAAAGGGUUUGUGAAGAUGGGAAGAAGAAACGGUGGUAGGUCCCUUCAAGAAACCCUCCGUCGCCGACUUGAGUCAUGCAAAUCCAAAUACUCCACCGCCGAAGAAUUCGCCAACCAUCUCCGUUCAACUUAUCCCGAUUACCACCGAACCAAGCACCAAACCCUAAUUCGAUUUGUUCAGGAAGCUCUUCAUUCCACCGCCAAGCUUAAUCACACUCCCACACCCAAGCACUGCGACGGCGACGACGAUGACGACGAAGAAGGAGAGGCUCAAAGCGCGUCUCGAAAGCGGCGGAAGAAAAUCGAUGGGAGUGAAGAGAGAUUGCAGAGGAUGGAAGCGUUACACGUCCGAAGCAAGGUGCAGAGAUCUUCCUCAUCGUCCUCUGCUUCGGAGAGCGACGAUGAAGAUGAAGAAGAAACCGUGUCGACUUCGGAGGACGCAAUUUACGGGGAGAAGGUGGAGCCUGAGUUUGAUUUGAUGAAGACAAUGCUGCGAAAGUCGUAUACGCCGAAGAAGGUUGCCGCGGAGGAAAAAAACGUUGAAUUGGAGGUGGGGAAUAGCAGUAAGGACACUCUUGUGAACGAGGAAAGGAAGGAAGUGAAGGGCUCAAGUUCGGGUUCGGUUUCGAACAGGAAGGACGGACCGAGGUUUAAGGAUUUGGGUGGGAUGAAGGAGGUUUUGGAGGAACUGAAGAUGGAAGUGAUCGUGCCUUUGUUCCACCCCCAAUUGCCAAGACAGUUGGGAGUGAGACCAAUGGCUGGCAUUUUGUUGCAUGGACCACCUGGCUGUGGGAAGACUAAACUUGCUCAUGCCAUAGCUCAUGAGACUGGUCUUCCUUUCUAUCAGAUUUCAGCUACUGAGGUGGUUUCUGGAGUUUCAGGUGCAUCUGAAGAAAAUAUUAGAGAGCUUUUUGCUAAAGCGUACAGGUCUGCGCCUGCUAUUGUCUUUAUUGACGAGAUUGAUGCAAUUGCAUCUAAAAGAGAGAAUUUGCAGCGUGAGAUGGAGAAACGUAUUGUGACGCAAUUAAUGACUUGCAUGGAUCAAUCAAAUAGGCUUCUUCAACCAGCGGAUGAUGUGGAGAGUUCUGGUGAUGAUCAUCAUCCUGGCUAUGUUCUUGUAAUUGGAGCUACUAAUAGGCCUGAUGCUGUUGACCCUGCCCUAAGAAGGCCCGGCCGGUUUGAUCGUGAGAUUAUCAUUGGCAAUCCCGAUGAAUCUGCCAGGGAGGAGAUCCUUUCUGUGCUCACUUGCGAUCUUAGACUUGAGGGUUUAUUUGAUCUACGGAAAAUAGCCAGGGCUACAUCAGGAUUCGUUGGUGCUGAUUUGGCGGCUCUGGUUGACAAGGCUGGUAAUCUUGCUAUGAAGAGAAUAAUUGAUGAAAGGAAACGUGAAUUAUCUCAAGAUCUCACGAGUGAGCAUGCUGAAGACUGGUGGAGGGAACCUUGGUCGGUUGAAGAAAUAAACAAGCUUGCCAUCAAAAUGUCCGAUUUCGAGGAAGCAGCUAAUAAGGUGCAACCUUCAUUAAGAAGAGAAGGGUUCUCUUCCAUUCCUAAUGUAAAAUGGGACGACGUUGGAGGGCUUGAUCUUUUAAGAAAGGAGUUUGAACGUUACAUUGUAAGACGUAUAAAAUAUCCUGAAGAUUAUGAGGAGCUUGGGGUGGAUCUCGAGACGGGAUUUUUGCUUUAUGGACCUCCUGGGUGUGGUAAAACACUGAUUGCCAAAGCUGUUGCCAAUGAGGCAGGGGCUACUUUUAUUCAUAUUAAGGGACCUGAACUUUUAAAUAAAUAUGUUGGAGAAAGUGAGCUUGCAGUUCGUACAAUGUUUAGCCGUGCAAGGACAUGUGCGCCUUGCAUACUUUUUUUUGAUGAGAUUGAUGCUUUGACAACCAAACGUGGUAAAGAAGGUGGUUGGGUUGUUGAACGACUAUUGAACCAGUUGCUUGUUGAGUUAGAUGGCGCUGAACAACGAAAAGGUGUUUUUGUGAUUGGUGCUACAAAUAGGCCUGAGGUGAUGGAUCGUGCUGUCCUACGGCCCGGAAGGUUUGGUAAACUUCUUUAUGUUCCACUUCCAAGCCCAGAUGAACGAGUUUUGAUAUUGAAAGCUCUUGCAAGGAAGAAGGCUGUUGAUGCCUCUGUGGAUUUGAGUGCCAUAGCAAAAAUGGAAGCUUGUGAAAACCUAAGUGGCGCAGAUCUUGCUGCAUUGAUGAAUGAAGCAGCAAUGGCUGCUCUUGAAGAGAGAUUGACCUCUAUUGAGACAACUUGUGAUACAUUGACCAUCAAGAGGACCAUCAAGAGGCACCAUUUUGAGGUAGCACUGAGUAAAGUGUCUCCGUCUGUGUCAGACAGGCAAAAGCAGUAUUAUCAGCAUUUGUCAGAGGGCUUUAAAGCAGCAUGAGCAGCAUGACAUUCACUUUGUUAUUUUAGCAGGUGUCGACAUUCCUUUAAAGAAUGGGGUGAAAGAAAUCAUUUAUAUGAGCGUCAAGUAUUUAGAGUAUUUGCUUUUGUAAUGAGAUGUACAUGUUUCCUGCAGUCAGGACAUAAUUUUUGGCAAAUGGUUAUAAUUUAUGGUUCACUUUAUCCAAUAAUAUUGUUCCAAAUUUUUUGUUAACA